GACUAGUAAAGUUUCAAAAUUUGCAGUAAAAAGAUUUUAGAGAGUGAGUGUGUGAUUGAGAUGGUGGAGUCGAAAAUGGUGACUGAAGAAGUAGAGGUGAUACACUUGUGGUCCUCACCGCGCUCCCUCAGCACAAGCCUUAUGUAUUCUUUUGCUCAGAGAGAUGACACUGAAGUUCUCGACGAGCCUCUAUAUGCGAACUAUUUGCAAGUAACCGGAGAGCAAAGGCCUUACAGAGAAGAACUCCUGUCAAAAUUGGAGUCGAAUGGAAAUAAGGUUAUACAAGAAAUCAUUUUUGCUCCUGGAGAAAAGACGUACAGAUUCUGUAAGCAUAUAGCUAGUCAACGUCUGCCAGGCCUAACAUCGGACUUAAUGAAGAGAGGAAAGCACUGCAUACUGAUCAGGAAUCCCCUCGAUGUGUUGACAUCCUACGACAAGGUUUCUCCCCCAUCAUUUGGUGUGCUGGGGUAUUGUAGCCUGGUCUCCAUUUACAAUGAGCUCUGUGAUCAAGGAAAAACCCCUCCUGUCAUCGAUUCAGAUUUGCUGCGAGAAGAUCCUGAGGGUACAUUGCGUGGUCUGUGUGGCGAUCUUGGUAUUCCAUUUCAAACUGCUAUGCUCAAAUGGGAACCUGGACCAAAACCAUUUGAUGGCAUGUGGGCCCCCUAUUGGUAUAAGAAUACACACAAAUCAACAGGUUUUGAGCUACCAAAAAAGUAUCCCUCUCCAUUUCCAUCCUCUUUGUACAAAUUGCUGGAGCAAAGUUUACCUUUGUACAACUCGCUUAGGUGCUAUGUGAGGGGAUCAUCAAACUGUGCCCAACCUGAACUCCCUGUUUCUACGAAUGAGAAGUUGCUUGUUUGGGUUGGCGAUCAGAUUAUGCCUCGUGAAAGUGCAAAAGUUUCAGUAUUUGACUCAAUUGUCCAAGGUGGAGAUGGAGUUUGGGAGGGUCUUCGAAUUUAUAACGGCAAAAUAUUCAAAUUGGAGGAGCAUUUAGACAGGUUGUUUGAUUCUGCGAAAGCGCUGGCUUUUAGCAAUGUACCAACUCGUAAGCAGGUGAAGGAAGCAAUUUUCAAAACUUUGAUAAGAAAUGAAAUGUUUAAUGAUGCGCAUAUCAGAUUGACUCUGACUCGUGGCAAGAAGGUUUGUCAACCUAGCCAUUUAUUUUUGUUUGUUUUUAAUGAUAUGAAUUCUAAUGAUUUCAGAUUUCAACUGAUAUGUGCGGGAAAUACUUCUUUGUCGCACAACUGUUAUUUUAUUUUGCAGAAUUUGGAUUCGAAAAUCCACCACAACAAUCUGCUUAACAAUAUUCUUUCUAAGAUAGAAGGGAAUAAUGCACAUGCUGAUGAUGCCAUCAUGCUUGAUAAAGAUGGAUAUGUAUCAGAAACAAAUGCAACAAACAUUUUUUUGGUGAAGAAAGGCUGUGUAGCUACUCCCCACAGUGAUUAUUGUCUUCCUGGUGUAACUCGUGCUACUGUUAUAGACCUUGCGGUGAAUGAGAACUUAGUUAUGGUUGAGCGACGUAUCAGUUUGUCAGAGUUCCAUACAGCAGAUGAGGUCUUCACAACAGGAACCAUGGGAGAGCUCAGUCCAGUUCUUAAAGUUGAUGGACGUACAGUUGGAGAUGGUAUGGUGGGACCUGUGACGCGAAGAUUGCAAAACGCGUAUACAAAAUUGUGCUCAGAAUCAGGAGUGCCUAUACCGGGUUAUACACAUACCUGAGACUAUAUCCGGGAGGGAAAAAGAACCACUUCUUUGUUUGACAUUGUGUGUGUAACAAGGUGAAGGCAGACCAGAACAGCUUCAGUUAAUUCUCACUAGGACUUUGGAAUUGCGAUUUUAGUAAUAUGGAAUCAUUGGAAUGGCAUGACUGAAAAUAAAGUAUAUCCUAGCAAAAACACAAUUGAACUGAGCUAUCUAUUUGCAUGGAAACAUUCUAGAAUUGCAUGACAUUUUCUCUG